AUGAGGCUGCAUGGAAUUACUGCUGCAGUCAAACUCAAGGUAUGGACGCUGAUGGUGGUUCUAGUUGUGCUGGAUCUGCCUGGAUCCCUGCACAGAUGCAUUUAUGAUGAAGUCCAGGCUGGGGUGAAAGUGGUCAGAGGAGAGACCUCCCAGCGACACAGCUCACUUCAUGAAGCCAGACUCACACAGGGGCCGAGAGCAUCUCUCAGACCGCAUCGCUCCACAAAGCAGAAAGCCAUUAUGGGAAGGUCGUCUCUCUCUGAGUCCUCUUUUCCUCAACCAAUCAAGAUAAAGAGCUGGAUUCCCAUGGAAAGUGUCCACCUAUCAGAGACGGAGGACACAAGGCUGAAGACAGCAGUGGAGGAGGCUGUGAGGACAGUGUCCUCAAUACUUUCAGUGAACAGAACCACGAACCCACUGUUGCUCAGCAGAGACUUCAGUAAAUACUGUAAAUUUGUGUGGAAGAAUUCCAGCUCUGUCAACCACAACAGGUGUGUGAAUCACAUCACUCUAUGUCAUCGCCAGAUUCCAGAUGAUCACUUGGCUGGAUGUGAUGUUUAUCCCGAGGCGGACUCACCGCACAGGACUAUCCUCAGACCUGAAGGUGCUGGACUUCCAGAUGUAGAUUUUGUGCUUUACCUCCAAAUAAAAGCCACUGAUAAAUGUAGAGCAGAGCCUGAUGUUUUGGCCUACGCCGCCCAGUGUCAGACAGACAUGAAUGGCCGCCCUGUGGCGGGAGCGGUUGUCGUCUGCAGAAACAGACUAACAGAAGCGACAUACAGCCACCAAACUGCAGUGCAGACUGUGAUUCACGAGUUGUUUCAUGCUCUGGGUUUCUCUAAAGAUCUCUUCAACACCUGGAAAGACUGUUCUUCAUCUAAUAAAGUGGGUCCUCCAUGUUCCUCCCGAGGUAAAGUGACUCACUCUGACGGAUCAGGCCAGACGAGGAUCUACUCUCCAUCUGUCAUUUCAGUCAUGCAGAAGCACCUGGUGUCUUCUGAUCCUGAACUUGGGGGACCACUGGAAAACUUGGAUGCAGCAGCAGAAGGAGUGUCCUCCCACUGGGAGUCCCGGGUCCUGCAGGGGUCCAUCAUGGGGGCCGUACUGGGAGAUUCGACUACUAUACGGAUCGACCCAGUCACCUUAGCUGCAUUUCAGGACACGGGAUGGUACACAGUUGACCUGAGACUGGCACAAAGUUUAGUCUGGGGCGAAGGUGAGGGAAAAUCUUUUGGCUCAAUAAAAACAUGCAAACAUGCAUCUUCUUUUUUCUGCACUGGAAGUGGAUUAGGCUGUCAUUUCCUUCAUCUCCACAAGGGGGAGUGUCAGACAGAUCCUUACUUGGAUGGAUGUAGAGUUUACAAACCCCUAAAAAAAGGAAGUGAAUGUUGGAAAACAGAAAGUUCUAGGUGGUCUGAUGAAAAUCCACAGAGUGGGGAGAUGUUUGGCUUCGAUAGCCGCUGCUUCUUUUCGAGCCUCAGCAGAGAGGGCUAUUUGGUCAGGACCAACAGCUCCAUAGUGGGUCGCUGUUACAGACACAGGUGCACUGGAACAAACAGGUACCAGAUCCAGGUGUCUGGCUCCACAUGGGUUGAUUGCCCAGCAGGGGGUGCUGUUCAGAUUAAAGGUUAUCAUGGUUCAGUUUUCUGCCCAGACAAGAGGAUUUGUGUUUAUCCAGAUGUUUCUCCACCUUUAAAAGACAACAGCACACCUUCUUCUUUUAUCAAAUGGCAAGUAUAACUUCCUGAACAUUUGUUCUCCACUGCCAGCUGUUACUCAAUCUAAUUUAACU